UCCAUGUUUGAGGUUAGGUUUAGUAGUUUUUGUAAACAUCAAUGAAAAUUCCAAAUUUUUUAAAAAAUGUAUUUUUUGGAAUACCCAUAGGUAUAACCGUUAUAGAUUGUUUUGGUUAUAUUGCAAGAGUUGAUGGUAUAUCUAUGCAACCUGCAUUAAAUCCAGAUAAGAAUCAAACGGAUUAUGUGUUUUUAAAUAAAUGGGCAGUAAAAUCCUUUGAUAUUAAUAGAGGAGAUAUAAUUUCUCUAAUUUCUCCUAAAGAUCCUGGACAGAAAAUUAUUAAAAGAGUUGUAGGUGUCGAAGGUGAUAUUAUAGCUACACUAGGUUACAAGAAAGAAAUUGUGAAGGUGCCGGAAGGCCACUGUUGGAUAGAGGGUGACCACACCGGUCAUUCUAUGGAUUCAAAUAAUUUCGGUCCUGUAUCAGUUGGUCUUAUUACUGCAAAAGCCUCUUGUAUAGUUUGGCCACCUUCUCGUUGGCAACUUAUACAAUCUUUCUUACCAGAUUCACGUGUACCUUUAAACUUGUUAUCUAAAUCUUUUAUUGGUAUAGUUCAGUUUUAAUAUAUCCUUAGUGC